CGAGAGCAACGUACUUGAAUACACACGCGGCAUAGAUGCUCGGCAUGAUCACUAUUCUUAAGGAAGCAAUCCCAACAGCCAACAAACCAACUAACAACCAACUCGACGUCUCAAUGCAAAAUAUAUUUCAUCCUCCUCCUGCUCCACCAGCUUUGAGUAAAGGAACUGUAAUUCCAGAAAAAAACUCGUCUAUCUUCUCAAGUCUGCUUCUGCACUGGCUCAGUCCACUUCUGAGCACGGGCUUUUCGAGGCCUUUGGAACAAGACGAUCUCUGGAGUCUCCCGCCUUCCCAGUUGACGAGCAAUCUCACAGACAAGCUCGAGCAGGCAUUCUACUCGAAUGGUACAAAUACGCAACGAACUGUGACUCGAAAUGUAGGAAGAGUAGGGGAGCUGGAGUCAAACGAAAAAACCGAUUCUCAAGCUCUGGAGGAGCAGGAGAAUCCGAAUGAAGCUACUGUUCAAGUGCCUUUGCCAAAGGCUAUACAUCGACAGUUCUUCUGGCAGUGCUGGUCAACAGGUUUUCUCGUUCUCAUCGCUCAGACUCUUACUACACUCACACCCCUAGUGACAAAAGUCCUCCUUACGUGGCUGACUGAGUCCUAUGUGUUCUCUCACCUUUCAUCUGCGGAGCAAGCUGAGCCUUCCACUCUGGGCCUGACAAAGCCGCAGGGAAUCGGGUAUGGAGUAGGCGUUGCAAUAGGCUUGUUUGUCAUGCAGCAAGGAGCAAGCUUGAUCAAUGCACAUUCCUCAAAAUUUGCUAUGACUCUCGGGCUAACCGUUAGAACAGCAGUCAUUGGUUGUAUCACCCGGAAAUCGCUUCGCCUUUCUGCGCGUGCAAGACUUGAACACUCUAGUGGUCAAAUACUGACAAUGAUAUCAACGGAUGCAGAUCGGAUUGAUAAAUUUUGUAUGUAUGGACACCAUCUAUGGAUCGCCCCGACUCAGUUAAUCAUCGCUGUGGGAUUCCUCAUUGCCACGCUUGGAUACUCUGCACUUGUUGGCCUUGGAGUCCUCAUUUUCAGUCUCCCCAUUCAAACUGUCCUCGUUAUCGUCAUAAUGAAACAGCGAAGAAAGGGAGUGAAGAUUACGGACUCGAGAAUUCGCUUGACUACAGAGGUCCUACAAGGCAUACGACUUCUGAAACUAUACGCUUGGGAAAAAUUCUACGUUGGAAAGAUUACAGAGUUGCGGAAGGGAGAAUUAGAGGCGACUCAAAACUCCUUAAUUGCUACAGCUGGUUUGAUAGCUAUGAUGACGUUCAUCCCGAUCUUAGCUUCAGUUCUGUCAUUUAUCACUUAUGCUCUGACGGGGCAUGAUCUCAACGUUGCAAUUAUCUUCACGUCUCUGCAAUUUUUCAACAUCAUCCAAUUACCGCUGAUAAUGCUUCCCAUAACGCUCGCCAGUCUAUCGGACAUCUUUGUGGCAAACACCCGUAUAUCUGCAUUCCUACUGGCCGAAGAGCGCCCUGCAGACUAUGCGAUUAAGCUUGAUACACAAAGUGCAAAUGCAGUGGAAUGCAAAGGUGACUUCGCCUGGGUUAUUCCUUCGGGAAAUGAGAACAAGGAUACAAAGGCUGAACAAACGGAAGAUGUUGUGCUUGUCGCAAAUAAUAAUAAGAAGGAAACGGUUCAAAUGAUACAAGAGAAGAAUGCGCAGAGGAAUUCAAAGAAAGCGAAGAAGGUGAAAGGCGAAGUUGAUUCUCUUGUCCUCCCAACGUCGAAUCCCAUUGAAACUGGACCUGACCGGCCAAACCCAUCAGAGACACUUCCGGAUCAACCUUUCGAGUUGAAGGACCUGGAUUUGACCAUACGAAGAGGUGCUUUUGUAGCUAUUGUCGGACGUGUCGGCUCUGGAAAGAGUUCAAUUCUCCAAGCCUUGAUUGGGGAAAUGCGAAAGAUUUCAGGUGAGGUCCGGUUUAGCGGAUCUAUGGCCUACGUUCCGCAAAAUCCGUGGAUUCAGAACGCCACUGUGAGAGACAAUAUCAUGUUUGGACAGCCCGAAGACGUUCGAAGGCUGAGCGACAUAAUCCAUGCUUGUAGCUUGACUCAUGACCUUAACAGCCUUCCGAAUGGCGAACGUACUGUGAUCGGUGAAAGGGGUAUUAAUAUUAGUGGUGGACAGAAGGCACGUAUAUCGCUCGCGCGCGCCGCUUAUUCAGGCUCAGAUAUAGUUCUUUUGGACGAUCCUCUCUCUGCUGUCGAUUCUCACGUCGGGAAGGAUAUCCUUCAAAACUGCAUUCUCUCAGGACCGCUCGCAGACAAGACCCGGAUUUUAGUUACGCAUGCCUUGCAUUUUCUUGACAAGGUGGAUUACAUCUAUAUUGUAGAGGGAGGGAUCAUCAAGGAACAGGGAACCUAUCAAGACUUAGUAAAUAGUAGUCUUAUGUUUACCGGUCUCAUGAGUGCACACGCACAGAAGAUGUCUGCAGGGAAUCUGGACACUCCGACCAAGCGCGAAUUGGAUAUAAGGAAACUGGUCGAUGACCCCCUCAUACAGGCAGAAGAGCGCAAUAUAGGUGCCGUCACUGGGGCAACCUAUAAACAAUAUUUUGCCUUUUCGGGAGGUUUUGGGUGGAUCCCCCUCAUCCUUGGCAUGCUAACAAUGAUGCAGUCUUGUCAAGUGGCGUCCACUUUACUUUUGGGAUUCUGGACAGCAGAGAGUAUUCCGGGGUUCCAGGAAAAUGACUACAUAGCGUUAUAUGCUAGCUUUGGAGCGGGUCAAGCAUUAUUCUCUUUCUUGCUCACAUGUGCUUUUGGCCUGAUAGGGAUUCGUUCGAGCCUAAAUUUGUUCGCAACCGUGCUGAAGAAAGUGUUGCAAUCACCAGUAUCCUUUUUCGAUACCACUCCUAUUGGGCGUAUCUUAUCCCGACUUUCAAAAGAUCAAGAUACUCUUGAUACAGAGCUUCCCUUGACUAUGAUGCAGUUUUUGGCCACGGUUAGCUCGAUCGUUGGCACCAUUGGUUUGGUGUUUUAUAUCUUUCCUUUCCUCGGUAUCAUAUUUGCGCCAAUGAGCAUACUCUAUUGGUUCUUUUCGUUGUAUUAUCGUCGAAGCUCAGUUGAAGUCAAGCGCCUCGACUCUCUUGCUCGAUCAAAUUUUUACAGUUCCUUUUCAGAAACACUCACUGGAAUCACUACUGUACGCGCAUUUAGAAUUGAGGGCCGCCAGAUGGAAAUUGCUGAGCGGGGACUUGACUUGGAGAACCGGGCUUACUACAUCACCGUGUCCCUUCAGUGGUGGUUAAUGAUCCGACUUGAACUUUUUGCCAGCAUUUUGAUUUUGGGUAUUGCACUUUUCGCCGCUGGUUUCCGCAACUCAGUGAACCCCUCCAAAAUCGGUGUUGUUCUCACAUAUGCUUUGAGCGUGACGCAACUUUUUUCUCAAAUCAUACAAACCUUUACAACACAAGAAAUGAGUAUGAAUGCGGUCGAGCGUCUUCUGAUCUACGCCCAACUCCCGUCCGAAGAGCGUGAACCAAUGAAACCCCCAGAUGUCUCUAACUGGCCUAGUCAAGGAGAAAUCGAGUUCAGCAACGUUUCUAUGGCGUAUAGAGAAGGACUUCCCCCUGUCCUCAAAAAUGUGUCUUUCCAUGUUAAAGCAGGGGAAAAGAUAGGUAUUGUUGGCCGAACGGGUGCCGGUAAAAGUUCCCUAUUGCAGGCACUCUUCCGCAUUGUUGAAAUCCAGCACGGAAGUAUCACCAUCGACGGAAAAAAUAUCACUGAUGUCAAUUUGGAGACGUUGCGCACUAAACUUGCUCUGGUACCCCAGGACAGUGUGCUUUUCCUGGGGACAUUGAGACAAAACCUUGAUCCCCUCGCUGUGCGGACGGACGCAGAACUCAUUACUAUACUGCAAAGUGCCUGUUUGUUGCCUAAAGCUAUGUCUGAUCAAACUUCUGAACAGAAGUUUGACUUGAAUUCCAAUGUUGACGAUGAAGGCUCGAAUUUUAGUGCUGGUGAAAAGCAACUAUUGGCAUUAUGCCGUGCAUUAGUCAAGAAUAGUAAGAUUAUUGUCCUUGAUGAGGCAACGAGUAGCGUCGACGUUGAAACGGAUUCUAAAAUUCAACAAACAAUUCAGUCCGAAUUCACUUCCUCCACACUUUUGUGCAUUGCGCACCGUAUUCAUACCAUUGUGCACUAUGAUCGCGUUCUUGUCAUGGAUUCGGGUGAGGUUGCAGAAUACGGUACAGUGCUCGAGCUCUACGACCGCAGUAACGGUUCAAUAUUCCGCUCUCUGUGUCAUGAAUCUGGAUUAACCAGAGCUGAGAUAGUCCGCUUGCGGGCGACUCGUCGAUGGUAGAUUGUUUACAAGAAAUGGACUGAUAGAUUUAUAUACAGUAUUUGCAGCCUAGUUGAUUUCAGGUAUGGGAAAAUUGCGUUACGUUGUGAAACUUCAGGCA